AUGUCUGUGGCUCGGAUUUCCACCGAGGAUAACGAUCGGGAGCCCAAAAAGGCCAAGAAGGGAGCUUCACCAAUGCUGGGCUUCUCGGACGAAUACAAGAUCGGAACCAUCCAACCUCAUAACGAUGCUCUGAUAGUCACACUCAGGAUUGGAGGAUAUGAUGUGAAGAGAGUGCUGGUAGAUCAGGGCAACGUCAUGGAAGUAAUGUACCCCGACCUGUACAGGGGGCUGAACCUAAAACCCGAGGGAAAUACCGUUACUCCAAAAGGCCAGAUCAGAUUGCCCAUACAAACUGGUUCGGACGUGGUGGAGGUGGAUUUCAUUGUAGUUGACACUUGUUCACCCUACAUGGCCAUUGUAGCUAGACCUUGGCUUCAUGCCCUAGGGCAAUUAGCCAUCCCAGCAUUGCCUGGUAAUGAAUCAACUGAGGAGGCAAAAUGUGAAGAUCUAGAAAAGGUAGCCGUUGGCGUUGAUUCAGAAAAGUUCUUUCAAGUCGGCUCGGAACUACCUCCUCAAGAGAAAGAAGAACUGAUUGGGUUUCUCAGAGGAAACGUGGACGUGUUUGCGUGGGACACCUACGAGGCCCCAGGGGUUGACUCGAGUUUCAUCUGCCACCAUCUAAACGUUAACCCAUCCGCCACUCCGAAGAAGCAACCACCUUGGCGCCCGUCGAAAGAGCAUGCCAAUGCUGUAAGGGAUAAAGUGAUGAAGCUUAAAAAAGCAGAGGCUAUCAAGGAAGUUUUUAUCCCGAGUGGUUGGCCAAUACUGUUGUGGUAA